CCGCGAAAUACGAAAAAACAUUAUGCUUCAUUAAUAUUUCCGGCGUUUUAAAUUUAAAUAAAAAAUAUAUAAAAAUAAAAAACAGAUUGACGUUUGGUUCGCGAAAUUUAUUCUUGAGAUGUAAUUUUCGAAAACAAUUCGCUACAAUAUUAUUUUGAUGUUAAGAAGACUUGCUUUUUCGACUCAACCAACAACACUUCAACUUCAACACUCUCUCACCUCCAGCCAUCUACUAACUGACUCUAACAUUGUUAAAAUUAAUUAUUUUUUUAAACAUCUAACACAUUUUAUUACUAAAUAAUACAUUUUAAAAAACUAGAUUUACUUAAUAAUUAAGUCCUAAUUAAAACAUCAAAUUAGUUAUUAUUCCUCCAUUAAAUGGCGAGAGCAAAAAAAAAGCAGAUAAACUCCAGCCCAGAAUCAAACUCAACAGCUGAGGUGGGGAGCAUACUGAAUGUUUGGCAGAGCAAUUUGGAUCAGGCCUUUGUUACAAUACGACAGGUUGUCCGAGAUUUCCCAUACGUUGCUCUGGAUACAGAGUUUCCAGGUGUGGUGCUGCCAAAUGCUAUAGAUUAUUGGCGCCCUGGCUAUUUCAAGUUUUCAGAAAUAGUGGAAAAUGUUAACGUGUUGAACAUCAUACAACUUGGUCUGGCCUUUUUUGACGAGAAUGGCAACUCAUCUAACCCCAUCAGUGCCUGGCAGUUCAAUUUCCAGUUUGAUCUAAGUGUCAACAGGUUUGCUGAAAACUCCAUUGAGUUGUUGAAAAAAAAUGGCAUCCAGUUUGAGAGGUUAAAGACGGAGGGCAUAAAAGGGGCCGAGUUUGCUGAACUUCUCAUGAACUCGGGGGUGGUGCUCUGCGAUGACGUCAGGUGGAUUUCAUUUGAUAGUGGUUACGACUUUGGGUAUUCACUGAAGCUACUGACGUGCCAACCUCUGCCAGACAGUGAGGAUGAAUUCUUUGAGACUCUCAAGUUAUACUUCCCGACCAUGUAUGACAUCAAGUUCCUCCUACUCAGCUGUCCCGAAGUCGAAAACACCAGUCUGAAUAGUGUGGCCUGUCAAUUAAACUUAAGAAGGACGGGACCCCAACAUCAGGCCGGCAGCGAUUCCCUGCUUACUGGCAGCGUCUUCUUCAAGCUAAGAGAGUUGUACUUCAAUGAUGCGAUCGACGACGUCAUCUACUCAGGUCACCUUUUCAAAGUGAAAUCUCAACCUUCUGAUCAAUCCUCUUCUUACGAGGACAGUCCUGCCACCCCCGAAAGCAGCAGCGGCAGGGCUAGAAGACUCUCAGCAGCAGCAGCAACGACAUCAGCAACGAUCCGACCCAGCUCCAGUUACCAGAAUCUGUCGAUCUCAGACAGUGACUGUGAAAGCCUCAUUCCACUUAACGAUUCCAAACUGCAGCUGCUGUAUGAUUCACCACCAGCUGGCGAUUCGACUUUCUACAGAACUGCCAGCAGUGGCUCUAUGUUAGACGAUACCUCUUCCAUGGUGAUUGAUAACAUCUACAGUUCAUUCACAACAGACGCCACUACUGCUACUUCUACCGUCACUCCUACAGCUUAUUAUGAAACUCUCUCGUUUGAGAGCGGCAAUGAAAGUCGUGAGAAAUUGUUGGAGGAUAGCUUUGAAACAACCUCACUGAACAACAUGGGCACUGGCCAGUCAUCAUAUCCUAGGGUUUUUUCCUUCAUACUUGGCAACCAAUCAGCGGCUUCCAACCAAUCGCCAACGUGUAACUGCCAGUCAACAAAACCAGCCACCCCGCAGCAAGCGCCAACUCCUCCUCGACAACUUUUCGCUGCAGCCAGACGACCAACGUUAAGAUUGAAAACUAUCAAACAGAUACUUACAAACAGCCCUUUUUCAAACAUAUGCAAUGAGGACUACACAUUCAACAACCACAGAUCAUAUGCAGAAGCGGCGGCAAGCAUCGUGCUAUCCUCUGCUUCACCAGUAGCCAUGAUGUCAACGCCUGUUGCGACACCACCACUCAUUCAAUUCGUCCCCCCGACAAACUUCGUGAGGUCAUUUUCUAAUUUUUCCUCACCUCUUCUCAGAUUUUCUCCUCUACCACCACCACCUCCUCCUCCUCAGUUUUUACUUUUUCGUGGCGUCAUUUUUGACCACAGCUGCGGAACCCCUUCCCCUUCUGCAGUAACGACAACCGCCACCACCACAACUUCUCCAUUUACUUUUGAUCAAUCCUUCUAACGCUGCUGUUGUUGUUUGUGUGGGCCGCUUCUCUACGUCAUCACGUCUGCAUAUAACUUACCUACCUCAAUAUGGCCAUAACAACCCCUGCUUCUUCUACACACAACAUCUUCAUGUGCACGUACAAACAAUGUGUGCAAUGUUUUUGUGUACAAUAGUCCAUCUCUUGAUGUUCAAAAUGUGAAACUAUUACAUAGCUUUAUAUACCUCAACUUUUACAUUAACAAAGUAUGUAUUUGGUUGACACACGCACGCACACACACAUGUAUGUGAACACAUGUAUGUAUGUGUGUAUUAUGCGUAUUGUGUAUACAUGUUUGCAUGUGUACGUGUAUUUAUUUUAUUUCACUGUGCAGUUAACUAAGGAUAACGCAUAUUUGCAUAGUACUCACUCCGUUGUUGUUAUUAAAGUUUGUUAUCAUUAUUAAAAAAAAACUAUGAUCGAAUUUAGCUAACUUUUCAGGUGAUUUAAUCAUUUUUAUAGGUAAAUUCAUCUUUAAUUAUGUGCAUAAUGAACUCUGUUGAAUGCUCUUUCAAGCUGGUUAGCAGUUUUAAUUGCAGGGACUGCCUUAUAUUUUUACAUGCAUUUUGUCCUUUUACUGCUUGCAUGUUUGUUGGGUGAUGAAUUUAGAUUUAUUUAUUCGUUUAUUUAUUAUCGGUGAAUAUUUUCAAGCGUUUUAACUUAUUUGAAGAACCAUACAUACAUGCUUCAAAUAUUUUAUUUGAUACGUUUUGAUCCAUCUGUCAGAUUAUUUUAAUAUUUUAACAAUUUUAUUAAAUUUUAUAAAAUUUAAUGUUUUAUUAUUUGAGACAUUCUAUUUUUGAGUUUAUUUUAUAUAG